CGAGACCCAAUCGCGAUAGAGAGAGAGAGAGACAGAGAGCCCACGUCGAUCCUUCUCUUACCCUCUCCGCUUCCUCGCCGGCGAUCGGGGAUCCGAGGCGGCGGCGGAGGAGGCGGCGCCGCCGUGCUCACGAUCGGGGCCGUGGUGGCGGGGCUUCUCUGGGGGGAUUCUCGAUCGUCGGAUCGGAGAUGGACCGCGGCGGAGGGGCGGGGAGGAGGAGCAGCUUCUCUGGGAAGAAGUUGGCGGAGAACGGCGGGGCCUUCGAUGGCGGAAGGAGGACCUCUAUCUCUCGCCCUCCGACCGGCGAGAGAACUGUAAAGAGACUCCGGUUGUCGAAGGCCUUAACAAUACCUGAAAAUACAACUGUAUAUGAGGCUUGCCGCAGGAUGGCUGCUCGAAGAGUAGAUGCUGUGUUGCUGACUGAUUCAAAUGCACUGCUUUGUGGUAUCCUUACAGACAAGGAUAUAACAACAAGGGUAAUUGCCCGUGAAUUGAAGCUUGAUGAAACACCAGUAUCCAAGGCUAUGACCCGGAAUCCUGUCUUUGUUCUUUCGGAUACAUUAGCUGUGGAAGCAUUGCAGAAAAUGGUGCAAGGGAAGUUCAGGCAUUUGCCAGUUGUAGAAAAUGGUGAAGUCAUUGCAUUACUCGACAUAGCAAAGUGUCUUUAUGAUGCUAUUGCUCGCAUGGAGAGGGCUGCUGAGAAGGGCAAAGCCAUUGCGGCUGCUGUUGAAGGGGUGGAAAAGCACUGGGGUACAUCAAUUUCUGGUCCUCAUACGUUUAUUGAAACUCUUCGAGAGAAGAUGUUUAGGCCUUCUUUGUCUACAAUUAUUUCGGAGAAUCCAAAGGUUGUUUCUGUCUCACCAACCGACUCAGUGUUAACUGCAACAAAGAAGAUGCUCGAACUGAAGAUUAGUUCAGCAGUUGUCACAAUUGAAAAGAAACCUAAAGGAAUACUAACUUCCAGAGAUAUACUGAUGCGUGUAAUUGCACAAAAUCUCUCUCCUGAAUCUACUCCUGUGGAGAAGGUUAUGACGCCAAAUCCUGAAUGCGGAACAGUUGACACUCCGAUUCUUGAUGCUCUUCACACCAUGCAUGAUGGGAAAUUUCUGCACUUUCCUGUUGUUGACAGAGAAGGGAACAUUGUCACAGUUGUUGAUGUUAUUCAUAUCACUCAUGCCGCGAUAGCCACUGCGGGAAGUAGCGGGGGAUCCGGAACCGAAGCAACAAGUGCAAUGAUGCAGAAGUUCUGGGACUCGGCUUUGGCCAUAGGACCUUUAGAUGAUGACGAUGAUUCUCAAAGUGAAGGAUCCAUGAAAGUGGCAUCUGAAGCCACAGAGGCAGGAAGGUCAGCAUUUUAUCCAGUGUCAGGUUUAUCGAGUACUUUUGGAUUUAAGCUCCAGGACAAACACGGCAGGAUGCAUAGAUUUAACUGCGAGACAGAGAGUUUGUCAGACUUGAUAACUUGCAUCCUUCAGAGAGUGGGUGAUGACAUUGAUAGGAAUAAUCUACCCCAAAUUCUGUAUGAAGAUGAGGACCACGACAAGGUUAUUCUUUCGUCGGACGGUGACCUUGCUGCAGCAGUGGACCAUGCCCGACAGAUUGGUUGGAAGAGUUUAAGAUUGCACUUAGACUACAUGGGAUCCGGGAGGCGAAAGAGAGGUGGCGGGUCAGGAAGCUUCGAAUAUGCGCGCAAGGAUGCCUGGGCGUCAGCAUACAGUGCGGUAGCCGCUGGAGCAGCACUAGUCGCAGGCCUUGGUGUUAUGGCUUACCUCAAGAGAUCAGGUUGAUAGAUGAUUGCUUGCCUUUUUUCGAUUACAGCCUUCUUCUUGUUGAAAUCACACCCCACUCCUCGAAAAACCUUGGGAGAUUCAUCAUUCGAAACAGUGUAUAAAUAUAUUCCUAUUUAGAAAAAUAAUUGUGCCGGUGGCACAUACAUGGAAAUGUAAAUUGCACAGAUUUUUAAAUCGCUCACUGCAUACACGAAAUUGAUUUUGUGAUUUGAUAAUUGUGA